GAGACCACCUCUCGCUAGAGGCAGGUGUUGACCUGAUCUCGCCCUUCGGCUCGACAGAGAUUUUCUCGGUGCCAGGAUUGGCGGUCGGUCGCGAGGAUUGGGCGCGGUACGAGUUUAACCCCCAUUUCAAACGCGAGAUGCUGCUCCACGACGCCGACGAAGGACCGUUCGAGCUGGUUAUGCAGGCCGAUGACGUAGAGGUGUGCGCCGUCUACCAUGACCUACCCAACACCACCGAAUACCGCACCGGGGACCUCUCCCAACAGUACCCGGAGAAGCCGCAGUUGUUCAAAUACUACGGUCGCAGAGACGACAUCGUAGUAUUGUCUGACAGCGAGCGGUUCAAUGCUACGCCACUCGAGAUCGAUACCCGUUGGUCAAGGGAGCGUCGGCGGUGGGAGAUGGCAGGCCACACGCGGCGCUGCUGGUCGAGCCGAAAGACGUCCUCGACGAAGGGGCGCGGUCUAUGAGUAGGCUGCUGGAGGAUAUUUGGCCGCCGGUAGAGACAGACAGGGACGUAGGUAUCCUUAGAAGCCAGAUGCUCGCAGUCGGCCCGAUAGGCCAUCCUACAGAACUGGCAAAGGCACCGUGGUUCGUAGACU